UUGACGUUUCAACUGGGCGAGAGAGGAUUGUUAUCGAUUCCAUUUUGGCUUUGAAAAACCCUUUGAAACCUAUAAGAUCAUCGUCAAGAAUGAUUAGAAUUGAACAUGAUUGAGUUUUCGGUGUCGCGAUAGACGAAGAGGCGGGUGUGACCGUCGGUACAGCUGGUGCAGCGGGCCGUGCAGGGCGUUUGGUGCGGCCAUCGGCCGGGGAUGCGGUGGUAGAACGUUCGCGGCGAGCACGGCCCGGUAUGGCGGCCGACACGGCGGUGGCAGCGAGUCCUGAGGACACGCUCGAAUCGCUCCUGCGCGAGGUGGAGGCGCUCAAGCAGAAACUCGAAGAGGAACGCCAGAAACUCAACGAUGUCUCGCUUGUUGAAUGGACAGUGUCAUGCGUGGCGGAGAGGCUGGAGCCGAUCACGUUCCCCAACCUGAAGCUGCGGCGCGUGCUCAAGGGCCACCAGGCUAAGGUGCUCUGCUCCGACUGGUCACCAGACAAGCGACACAUUGUCUCCUCUUCACAGGAUGGCAAAGUGAUAGUGUGGGAUGCAUUCACUGCUACCAAGGAGCACACGAUCGCGAUGCCCAGCACCUGGGUGAUGGCCUGUGCGUACGCGCCGUCCGGCACUCUCAUAGCUGCCGGUGGUCUGGAUAACAAGGUGACGGUAUUUCCGGUCGGCGAGGAGGAGCCCGCUGCGCGCAAGCGCACUGUCGCCACGCGCACCUCCUACGUGUCCGCUUGUCUGUUCCCGCACACCGACCGGCAGCUGCUCACCGGCAGCGGCGAUGGCACCUGCGCGCUCUGGGACGUGGAGUCCGGCCAGCUGCUCCAGAGCUUCCAGGCGCAUACCGCCGAUGUAACCAGCCUCGACCUGGCGCCCUCCGAGAUGGGAGAUACGUUCGCGUCCGGCUCCUGCGACCGCUCCGUGUUGGUGUGGGAUAUGCGAACCGGACAGGCCGUGCAAGCGUUCGACGCGCACCUGUCCGACGUGAACGCGGUCAAGUACCACCCGUCGGGCGACUCGCUGCUCACCGGCUCGGACGACUCGUGCUGCCGGCUGUUCGACCUGCGCGCGGACCGCGAGGUGGCGCGCUACGGCAAGGACAGCAUCCUGUUCGGCGUGAACUCUGUGGAGUGGUCGGUGAGCGGGCGGCUGGCGUUCGCCGGCUACAGCGACUACACGGCGUGCGCAUGGGACGCGCUGCGGGGCGCGCGCGUGUGCGUGCUGUGCGGCCACGAGCACCGCGUCACGCGCGUGCAGCUCGCGCCCGACGGCACCGCGCUCUCCACCGCCUCCUGGGACUCCACGCUGAGGAUUUGGGCGUAAUUGGUGUAGAAGAUCAGGCCGAGAUAUUGGAAGGAUCUUCGCGUGCGAACGAUGUGGCUGCGUUUAUUUAUAGUUGGAGUAGUCUGCGGACACGAGUUCCGCAGUCCGCCGGGAGUGAGGGGGUGCGUGGGGCGGAGGCGCGGCCGGUGUGGGCACGCGGCACGCGGCGCGUUCAUUGUUUCAGUUCAUUCCGUCGUUUUGUAGUUAAGUGGUGCGAGGUGCGGAGCGUGUGCGUGCUAGAGUGCGCGGAUGUUGUGUCGAGUUUGUUAUAGACAGUUUCAGUAUUCUUGAGUGUUACGUAUGUAGUUGUAUAGCGUUUGAACUGUUUGUGCUCGGGCGUAUCCCUUGUUCACCCGCUGCGCAGCGGUUUCGCGGUCGCAGUCACAACGCGCGGUACUGUGACCGCGAUAGUUGGGGCGUCGAAACGCGCGCGCUCGUAGUUUGAAUGCGGUGGCAGUCUCCGCUAUUUACAGCCGCGAAUUUAACCAAACGCGAGGUUUAUGUAAAAAUUACACGCGUUGGGAUAAAUUCUGGUCAACGUAGAAGUGGUGGUGAUUGUCGCCAUGCAAUUGUAUUGUUAUGAUGCAUAUAACGCGUACAUUUCACUGAAGUAACGUUAUUUACACUAGGACAUAAAGUGACAUUUUUUUCUUGAACGCGUUUAUUUGUAUGUGAUUCAAUGUUUCGUUAUUAUAUUAGUAGUGGAGAAGGCGUCGCGACGGGCGCCUAGAUAGGUUCGUGCAGCGCCGAGCGGUGCGCUGGCGAGCAUAGAGAGUGUAGAUGCCGAGAUGCGCUUGUUAAAUACAGUUGGCUUGAUUCACAUCCACCGCAAUUCUCAUAUUUUUCCGAUAGAUCUGAUAGACGUGAUUGAAUGAAUAGCGAGCGCAACGAAUAAUAUCAACGAGUCAAGAGCCAGACCCGUUGAUGUUUAAACUGACGUUACACUCGCCGCUCAAUCAACACAUGAUAGCAUUUCAGAUGCUGUCACACAUGCAAUGCUGAUACCUGGUAGGUGUGAGUCGAGUUUUAGUAGGAAGCCGACGACGGCAUAUAUUACCGAUAAGUUCCAAAGAUACUGUGUUGUAGUAGUUGCAUUAGAGCGCGUGGCCCGCGCUGUAUCGUGUAAUGUACAUACUAGUGUCGUGUGACGUCAUUCUGCGAGUAUUCAUUUGGCCCGGAGUUUCGGCGGCCGGCGAAGCGUGAGGUUUGCCGCCGCCCACUGUUAUAUCUAUCAACUACUCAAUAAACUUGGAUGUUA